AUGCGAGACCUCGGCUUAGCCACAUUCCUUGAUGUGAUAAAUGGCGCGGGGCCCGGUGAGGCCACUGUCGUCGAACUGAGCAAGCCUAAGCACGUCUUCUCGUGCAACGACGCUUUGAGACCCUCUGUGGCGAUGCAGUUCCGCGACGCUGUGAGUGACAUCGCCUCCGCGUUCACCCAAAACCCGGACACAGCGCUUAUCGACGAAAUUAUGACGGUGUUCAUUCGUCUCGCUUCGAGCCCGCGAGAGCCUAGCGUCUCCGAGCUCGAAGAGCUCAAGUUCGGCGGCUACGUCGUAGUUAAACUCUCCGAAGCAGACGCGGCUAUCACCGACUUCUUGCGCGUGGCGUUCGACAAUGCCAUGUUCGAUCCGACGACGACCGUGAAACUAAAGUCAUCGCGGUACGUCCGGAACUACCUACCCGCGGCGCUGCGCGAACUUCCUGCCAGGGCUGUUAUGAACUACGAGGCUUUCCUCGUCCUCGUUCGCUUAGCCCCGUUCCUCCCGGAAAAGCACACGGCAUUGCGUCAGCUGUUCUUCAUGGACCUCCGUGGUAGGACACUCGCCGAUGCCGCAGACUCCAGGACGCUCUGUUUCAUGGCGGUGGAGACCGUUCUGCCUUCCUGUCUCGACAAACUCUCUGCGAGCCUGUAUCGUACGAGCGAUGAGCGCGGGCUUAUCAUCGACAGGCUGGCGCAUUUGGAGAACAUCUUCAGCCGCCGCAUUUCUAACCUGGCCUGGAUAAGCGAGUACGAGGCACUCGUCUACCGCUAUCAGCUCAAGCGACGGCGGGCGGCAUCCUUCGGUCACGGGAACGAGUCUUGCAUGGACGCCUCCUCCGCUGCCGGCUACCCGGCGGAAAAGCCCGUCGAGUUCUACCACGCUGUCGCGCGUUCCCAGCAGCGGGCGACGCUACGGGGCCAGAGCACCAGCGGCCUUCCGCCCGCCCUGUUAUCUCCGAUGCGGACGCAUGCCAGCUACGACGCGUCGAGACGGCGCGUGCCUGUUCCGGUGGCACUGUUCAACACAUCGGUACCCAGUAACGACACCCUGUUCACGCUGCACCUGUCCCGCUACGCUGUGCGCUUCUACCGCGCGCUGGUGGAGAAGCUCUUUGACGCCGCCUACGAAAGCGAUUCGCUGGGUUCCGCAGAUGACCUUCAGAGGCGCCUGGAGAUUCUUCUGAACUGCUUCGAGGAAGACCUCGGACAGCUGCCGGGUAGUCUCCAACGCCCAACGCCGCCGCCAGACCCUGCGCUGUCCAGGGGCGCAGUGCUUGAGCAGACGGUGGCACUGCAGAUUGCAUACGGCGCUUUCAAGGAACUUCUGGCGGUUCAGCGUUCUCGUGUCGACGACCGCCGGUACGCCAAGCUCCCGGACAUGUCGUCCGAGCGUCUCUUCCUGGUGUACUACGCUCUGGACAACUGCGAGACCAGCAACGAGGACCACCUGGAGCACGAGGGACACUUGCUGCCCGCCGCGUACCGCGUCAACCUUCCGCUGCGCCACCUGGUGGAGUUCGCGCACGUCUUCGGCUGCCGCCCGGACUCGGAGGGCAUGACGCGGUUCCCGCUUGGCAGGCGCUCCUCCUGCGCCGUUGUCCUGCCCGACUCGUGGUCGGCCAUGGACGGCCAUGGCCGCUAGGUCGAGCCACCGACGCGCUCCUGAGUAGCGUCGUCCCAACGUCGUCGUCAUGCAUUUAGGGGCCGCAUUAUAGACGGUAGCAGAACGAGUCGCUGGAUGCUCGUAAUGCGAUACCGAUCGA